AUGGCGGAUAUCAAUGUCUUCAAUACCUUUAGUUUCAAGAAAUGGUCGGAACGGCUGCGCGAGCAGAAGAUCGAAGAGGAAAUCCAACGACAACGAAUCGAACAGGUAUGCUUACUGUUCUUUAAGUGCAAGAAAACAGCUGAUGGAUGACUUUACACAAUAACAUAAUUGUAGGUCGCUCGGCUACGAGAUAAGUUGGCUAGGGAGCGGUCGAUUCGAGAGAUGGCUGAUAUGCUGAACGAGGAUGACGUAGAGAAACUAAUAGACUUUCUUAAUGAGAAACUCAAAACGAGCCAGCCAGAGCAGCCGAAGUCUGCUUUCCCGACCUUCUGUAAGUAAUAUAAACUAAAACAACGUAACAGACAUGAUACAACCUGAAUUUAUUCUUAUAUUAGCCAACAAUUAUUUCAGUUACACCAACAUUACUUAACAUGCCCAACUCCAUUCCGCCUACCAAUAUCAACAACCCGGGACAGAAUCAGGCAAAAGAGAAGACCGUGAAGAGUAAGUGAUGUUAUUACAUUUGCAUAAUUACAUUACAGGACCAGACAACAAACUAAACUUCAACUACAACCGGAAGUGGGAGCAAAUGGCCAAGAAAUCCCGCGAACGGAGCAAAAUCAAACCCAAAGACUUCAAGAUCUACGAGUUCAACUACAACAGGCGCUACGGGGAAAUCGUGUAA